UGUGUAGCCGCUCGCAUACAGGCCAGGAGCAAGCGUUGGCCACAUGUGUUUUGCAGACCGCUUUACCGUGGAAAAAGAUCGCCGAAAAUGUCGUGUUUACGUAAUCCGUGGUAACGUGACGUUGAAACGGUGCUCCUGAACUCGCUGCUGUUGUGACAAAAUUUUUGACAUCAAACAAUCCAGGAAAGAUACGCAAAAUAUAAAGAAGAACGCAAAGAAGAAAAAUUACUUUUAUUAACAAGGUGUAUUCUGAUUGUCUACUCUAACUUCCUCGUUUCUACUCGGUACGCAUUGCGUAUACUCCUGUAUUUCUUCGACGUAUAUCAUCUAUAAAGAAGGUAGAUUAACCAUCAUUUAAUUAUUCAUCGGUUAGGAAAAUAUUUGUACCGGCUGAUUUUCGAUCGUCUAGUGAAAUCGCCGAGUCAGCGUGUUCUUAACCACGCAACCUAUUGCCUCGUGUACAUAAAACGAGAAUUCUUCGUACAUUCGAUUGAAUUUUAGUAGAAAUUUUUUCGUCAGAAAUUUGUUCUUCGUUGAAUUUCUAAAGAAUAUUCUGGUACGGCUGAAUUAAAAAAGUAUAAGAGAAAAAAAGAGACGUUAUAGAUAUUCAGUAACGACCGCGUGUGCACGCCGCGCCUUCUGGAAAGAGCGAUUCCUCGUGACGAGUUUCGAGUGGGCGUUCUAUUCGUCAAGGAAAAGGAGUAACGGCUAAUGUUCUACGUUUGUGUUAAAUUUAACGCCAACUUCUAUUAAAUUUAAUGUGUUCGUGCUUUGUCGAGCACGAACUCAAAAGAGACAUGAGUCCAGUCUGUAGUAUGGAGGAUAUCCUUAGAUUGAUGUUUUAAAGCCGAAUCGACACACGAUACGUCUCGAAUCUCUAAUCAGGCAACGAGGCUGUUCGGUUAGAUUAAUGUGUCCGAGGGUGUUCGACGUUCCUCAGGACUCCUCAACCGCCUGAGAGGAAGCAAUAUCUUAUAAAACCUUUUUGAACAAAAUCCUCGUGUUCGGACCUCGUGUUUUGUCUUUCGGCGCGUACUAUUCAAAAUGGCGGCCAAGGUGGCCAGUGGCACGCAGGGAAGUGCCGAGAAGGAACAGUGCCCCGGAGUCUCUUAUGCAAGUAUCUUGAAUCCAAAAAGUGGCACCGAGACCCGAGUUGUUAACAAAGGUAACAACAAGGAGAACAUUGGUAGUCAAGUGGUUCAACAACAAUCCGUACCCAUCAAGGAUUGUAUUGCUUCUCAGAAUUUAACUGUUAAAGGGAAGUCUUAUCAAAGAACUGGAAGGAGAAUCAACUCACAAAGCAAAAUCGAGAAACGUUAUGGAAACGAAUUACCAACUGGCAUUGAACAGAAUCAGUUAGUUAUUCAGAAGGAUAAUUUAGUUGAGGAAAGACAAGAAGCCACUGUUGAACAAAUGAAUGGUGACAUAGGAAGUGAUGGAGAAUUUCAGACAGUAGCACCAAAGAGUGCUAGAAGAAAAGAAAAGUUAAGGGAGCAGCAGCGAGAUUUUAGAGAAAGGCAGAAACAUCGUGAUCAUAGACAUCCUCUUCGUGGUCAUACUGGAAGCAAUGAAAGAUCUUAUAAGGAACGAGAUCGUGGAGAUAGAGGGGGUAUGGAGCAUGUUGUGGGAAAUAAAGAUGUUUUGAAAGAUAAAGAAGAAACAGAGACAGAAUCGGAAAUUCAAUCUUCAGCUCCUGUUAAAUAUGUAGAAGCUCCUUUACCUGCAGUCAAUCCUUGGACUAAAAGUAAAAUUAUAACACCAGUUACACCUGCAAAUUUUGUCUCUACUGUACCUUCAGGGACUGUGGUAUCUAUGGAAAAACAGACUGAUAAAGAAAAAAGAGUACUUCAACCUCAGCAGCAGCAAGGGAUUGUUGAAAAUGGCAUCAACACUGGAAAUCAUCCGACUAUUGUGACGGUGUCAAAGGAUAGAAGAAAAUUUAAUCAAAAGGCGAGCGACUUCUCAGAUAUCGGCGAUUGGCCAACUUUAGAAGCUUCAGGAGAGAAGAAGACAGUUGUAACAGCACAGAAGCAAAAUGGUGUGAUUGAACAAAAUAACUGCAAAGAAAGUAGCAGUAAUGCUGUUGAAAGCAGAGGAAAAGAAAACAAAGAGCAGAACCAUUGUCAGCAUGAUGAUGAAGAACAUUUGGAUAGUAAUGAAAAGAAAAAAAAAGUGAACAAGCAGAAAUGGGUACCGUUGGAAAUAGAUAUAGCAAAAAAUCGGAGCAAAAGAGAUCGGUCACCAAAGUACCAUAAUCAGAGGGAAAAGAGUGGAGAAGAAGCAGAUUCGUAUAGAAAUAGAGAGCAUGAUAGGCCAGCGUAUAUUACAAGAGGUGGACGAGGUGGGCGAAGUUACAGAGGAAGAGGAGGGCGUGGUGGACGAGGAUCUUAUCGUGGUGGUUUCAGGCACAGACAUGACCAAGUUUAUAUGCAGAUGCAUAAAUUUGGUCUUUUGGAUCCUAAUUAUAUGGUGGGUUACAUGGGAACAUUUUAUUUUAGUAAUUUCAUGAACAUAAAUACAUCGGCGCUUAAGGAAAUUCUGAGGAAUCAAAUAGAAUAUUACUUCAGUGAAGAAAACCUUUUAAGAGAUUUCUUUUUGCGUCGUAAAAUGGACGCACAAGGCUUUUUACCUAUUACUUUAAUUGCUUCUUUUCAUCGCGUACAAACCUUAACAACAGAUGUUGGACUUGUUAUUGAGGCGAUUAUGGAAUCCGAUAAAUUAGAAUUAGUGGAUGGAUUUAAGGUCAGAACGAAAAUAGAUCCUUUGAAGUGGCCUAUCUUGGACGCGGCUGGAAAUCCCGUAUUCUUAGAACCGUCUAAUACUUCGAAUUCAUCUCAAAACGAAGUAAUACUCUCCUCCACGUCCGAAUCCGAUUUUUGCCCUGCUGCGAGACCUUUAUCUACAAUUCCUAUUCCCCCAGUUCCGCGCGUUCUUCAAUCCAACCAUACUAUCCCAACAAUAGGAAGGCUUAGUGAAUCAGAAAGUAUAUCCUCAUUAAUAGGCGACAGUUUAAAUCCUGACGUACCGGAGUUCAUACCAAUUUCGAACGAACUGACAGUCAAAAAUAACGAAUCUGUUGUAUUCGAUAAUACAAGCGAAUCAUUCAAGACAGAAAAACAAUCAGUAGAAGUGAGAAGCAUUCCAGUACUAUCGAGUGACAACUCAUUACUGCUCUCAAGAAACAAAGCUUCGAAACCGGACGAUAAAAUGUCCACAACAGUCAAAUGUUCUAGUCCAUCCUCCGUACCAGAAGUGCAAGUCAACGGAGAAUCACAAUCUGUCAAUGAUGUUUGGAAAGAGGUAAGGCGAAGGGUGAAACCGUCACAUAAGGAAAGAAACGAAGAAAAAGAGAAAAUUGAUAACGUUAAAAGCGAAGAAAGAGAGGAGUUAGACUUUCAAUUUGACGAGGAACUUGAUACGCCACCACCAACUGGCCGCCACAAUGCAUUUUCUGAAUGGUCUGAAGACGAUGAAGAUUAUGAAUUGUCAGAUAGAGAUGUCAAUAAACUUUUAAUCUUCACACAAACGUCGGUGCCCAUGUCGACGCGUAUUCCGAAACACGAAGGUCAUGAUCGAACUGGUGACUGGACAACAAGAGUAAAAAUGACCCAGGAUCUCGAGCAAGCUAUCAAUGAUGGAUUAUACUAUUAUGAAGAAGAUUUAUGGAUGAAAGAUGGUCAAAGGUAUGGAUCUUCGUCGUCAAUUGGAAGCUAUAAAACUGUCAAUGUGAUUAGUCAAGAAGAUUUUGAAAAAAUGGCUCCUAAAGCGCCUAAAAAAGCUAAUCCGGAAGUUCCACCUCCACCACCAUCCGCAAUAGAAGAUAUGGAAGUGUCUCGUUCGCUUCCAACGCAGAUGUCAAUAACUACAGAUGGUCAAGAGAGAAGAGAUCGUCGUGUAGAUAGAAGUCGCUGGAAUGAUAAAUCGAGAAGGGAUAGUAGAAGAGGAGUGGUUCCUCGUUUCUUCGCGGUAGUAAAGGACGAACCUUCGGUAGAUCCUAGGACACCGCGAAAAAGAAAAACACGACAUAGCAAUAAUCCCCCUGUUGAACAUCACGUUGGCUGGAUUAUGGACGUUCGGGAGCAUCGACCGCGUACAUAUUCUACGGGAAGUAGCACAGGAACAAGUCCAAAUGAAGGUUACCUUGCGAGUAGUUACGGAAGUGCACCACAAUCAUUACCAAUAUUUCAUCACCCGAGUCAUGCUCUUCUAAAAGAAAAUGGUUUUACGCAGCAGGUCUAUCACAAGUAUCAUUCACGUUGCUUAAAAGAACGUAAGAGACUUGGAAUUGGCCAAUCUCAAGAAAUGAACACACUUUUCCGUUUUUGGUCAUUCUUCUUGCGGGAAAAUUUCAAUCGUACUAUGUAUGAAGAAUUCAGGACUGUAGCCAAAGAAGAUGCCUCUGAGGGUUACCGAUAUGGUUUAGAAUGCCUUUUUAGAUUUUAUAGUUACGGUCUGGAAAAGAGAUUUAGACAUCAUCUUUAUAAAGAUUUCCAGGUCGAAACGAUACAAGAUUACGAAAGUGGUCAACUGUAUGGAUUAGAAAAAUUUUGGGCGUUCUUAAAGUAUUAUAAACGCUCUGAUCAACUUCAAGUAGAUCUUAAAUUACAGGAGUAUUUGUCUAAAUUCAAGAGUAUCGAAGACUUUAGAGUGGUCGAGCCUCAAAUAAAUGAAAUGCUGCAAGCAUUUGCUGCAAACUCACGAUCUCAGGCCGCGAAGAGACGAAACAGAAGUGUGUCCGAAAGUGCAGGUGACGGUGAUGCUUCACCUACCAACAGAGUUCGUCGACUAUCUGGUGGUUCCAGUACCGUAACGUUGCCAACUUCAAAUUCUGAGCAUAAUUCCGUCGCGCAAAAGUCUCGUGUGGACUCAGUGAAUCUUUCGCAGUUUCGUAACAGAGCCGAUUCGUUUGGAUCUGGACGAUUAGGCCAUCCUAGAAGACGGAACGACGCUGGUCCCUCUUUCUCGAAUAUUCAACGAGACUUAAGUAAACAACAACAGCAAUCACGAAACAAGCAAAAUUCCAGCUCAUGUACGAAAGCUCAAGAAGUGAGUGGCAAGUCUCAAAACGUCAUAAGGGAUCGUUUCCUGGCGAUCUCUAAGACCGAGCAGACGAAGUCGGCCACAAUCAAGACGGAUAGCACGUCGAUUUCUCAAAAAUGAGAUCAGCUUGAAAAUUGAUGGGUAAGUGCAUAAGCACUUACUCGAUUUGCUAAAUUGGAUAAGUGCAUCGCUCCUGGGAUAGGGAUAAUACUUAUUCUAAGAAAAGGGAAAAUCUCGUUUGAAAAAGUAAUAGAGAAGUUAUGCAUUGUGUUAGAAUCACAUAAAAACAAUGAGCACAAGACUCUUUGUAUACAAAACGAUGAAUCUAUAAAAGUGUAUCUCUCUGACGUUGGGGAUCGUUAGAGAAGAAUAAUGAAACACACUGUAAGUGAAGGUGAAAGAAUUCUUCGUUCGUGAGAGAAGUUCAGCAAGCUAUUUUUAAGGUAGUUCAUUAAGGUUGUAUUUACGAAUAUAUAUAUUCGGCUAUUUUUGCUUAUAUUAAACAAAGCCCUGUUCGGUUCAUCCGCUAGGAUACUUUCGCUAAAAAUCCUAACAGGAAAAAAGAGAAGAACCGCCCGCGGAAUGAACGAACACAUGAAGAAUCCAGGCACGAUAGCAUGUACAUACAUUUCAUAUUGCCGAUAAAUUCGUGUUCGUUUAAAACAUUUAUCCGAGCUAACUGUUUCAUUUGAAGAAAUUGGGUUACAGGUCUCUUACGUGUAUAAUGUAUAGAUUUAUUACGGCAUUACUAUCGUUCUUCGCAAAACUUACAAUUGAGAAAAUAUUUUCCUUUGUUUUAUCAUCGAACGAUCAUUGCUUUCGCAUCCAUGGAAGGAAAUGAUUGAAAGAUCGAAUUGUACGAUACGAAAAAACAGAAAAUUGAAACUCCAGUUUAAUGGAUGAUCGCACAGUAUAAAUAUUUCAGUAGUCAUCAGUAUAAAUUUUUUAACAAUUCUCAAAUUUAGACAUGUUUCUUCAUACUUUAUUGAUAUGAAGAAAUCAACUAGAUUCUAAAUUAAUAUGUACAAUUGGCGAAUAUGUCUUAUCUCGUUGUAAGUUACUUUUAAUAUCAUUACAUAAAAGUCAUCUCUUUGAAAAGAUAAUGAAGUGUAUAUCGUUUCUUCAUUAAGAUUUACUCAAAAUUUGAAUUGUGUCGGUAGCAAUUGGAAGAUAUUAUAAAUUGGUUGCAAAACGCAUACAAUUUUUAUGAUCUAUGUAUAUUUCUGUUUUUUUUAAAUUUUGUAAAACAUCACAUACAUCUAUAUUCUAUUAUUUAUCAUUUUAGAUAGAGAAUUAUCUUACCAUGAAUGUUGUGUAAUUUGCGCAAGAUACUAAAUUAAUUACGAAUGGAAAAGUUCCAAAGAUUUGGCUUCAUUUAGAUAAAUUUUUUUUUAGCAAAUCGUAGUACGUUAUUAGCUAUCUAGUAACACUGACUAAACUCUUAAACAAUUUUAAUACCUAAUGAACCAACUAUUGAAUCAAACAGCAAAGAGAAAAAGGAGGUUGUGUAAAAUCAUAGUAAAUGCGAUAUUGACACAUGGAACAAUACGUAGCCGCUGCACAAUGAAAUAUUUUAUAUAUAGAAGCUUAUAAAGUCGUUUCUUUACAAAUAUGCAUUUAAAUCUGUUAAUAUUUGAUAAUGUUAUGUGGAAAGUUUAAUACUAUAAAAAAGAGAAAGUGUAGUGGCAACAGUAGUAUCAUAGACAAUGAUGAUAAACAUUAAUAUCAUUAAUAAUAUCGAUUCUAAAUAGAUAUUAUUUUAUCUUUCAUUAUCAGUAAUUAAGAUUCAGUUCUAUUGCUACUCUUCUUAUAAUUUUUGGGCUAAUAAUAUAAAAUUCCAAAUUAAAUUUUGUUUUUAAAUAAAUUUCAGUUAUGCUUGUUCUAAAGUUCAAUUUCUAAUACCACUAAUAUUUUUAUAUAAAAUUAUUAACGUAAUAACUAGAAGGUUCAUUCUCAGGUGUUUGUUAUAUUGCAUAUGUUGUCUUUUUGCUAUUUAUAGGAAUGAAACUAUGAUUCUAUUGUCAUUUAACUGUUUUGAACCCCUUUGCAUUCCUAAUGAACAAUCAAUCUUUUAUAGUUACUGACCAAUAACUAUCUAUUUGUAGAAAUGUAUGAUUACUCUCAUGUAGACUUACUAAUCCGUGUAAUGCAGAAUUGAUACAGUCAUUAAUUGGUUCUUUAAUUCUAUGAAGAUUUCAUCUGAUCGGUUGUCUCGGACACAUGAAGGAGUUUUCUUUCUUGUUAACCUGAUUAACCUAUUACGGACUAAACAGUCAAAUAAUGUAUAAAAAGAUUCGUAUAAACGCAGCAUUAUUCAAAAACGUAAAUAAAAAACGUACACAUUAUUUUGUCAAAUUACAAAAAUGUAUUAGAAUAAUAGAUACUUUACAAGAAGCCUCAUCUUUAAAAAAAUCAAGUUGAAAAGUCUAUCAAGUGCACAUGCACUUAACUAAUUUUCGAUUGAAUAAGGAUUAUAAAACCAGGCAGAAGUUUACAUGCUGAAGUAAAUAAAAUGUAUAGAAUAAAAUUGUUAUCUUUGAAGCCUCGUUUACAAGAAAAACAAAUUUGAAAUAACGGUCGUUAGUUAUAUGGGGUUCAAUUUGGGGUUAGCUGAGUGCAUGUGUACGCAUUGAAUUUUCAAACUCGGCUUUUUAAAAAAAGAAAAGCGUAAGCAAACAGAUUUUACUUCUUGUCUAUUCAAUAAGUCUCAUUGAUUUAUUUUUACAUACUGAAUAACCUUUAAUACACUAUAUUAUUUUGAAACAUUAAGUAUAUACAUUUAACGCCAACUUGUAUACUAUAUACAAUAUUACGCGCUAAAAAAGUAGGAUACGUAGAAAUUAUAGUUCAGUGAUGAUGUAGAAACAGAUUAGUUGGACUGGAUGAAGUUUUGAGGUUAAGUAAAAUUAUUCUUCAAAUUUGGCGUUCUAGUGAAGCAAAUUACAACGUUAUUAUAACAAAACAUCAAUGAAUUCAGAUCAAUGUUAUUCAGGAGAACAAACACAAAUUGAAAAUUUAAUGCACGAGUGAAAACAUGUAUGUACACACAAUACGAAUGGCUGGUUCAUUCUAUACGCAGCGUUUCAAUUUUCCGUCGACGCGCUUUAUGUAUUGUCGUUUAGUAGCGAAAGAGUUGAGAAGUCGACAUUAAUUAAACUUGCAUACAAGUGCCUGGAGACAUUGCAAAUCUGUUUUCAUCUUUUAAUAUACUAGUCACACACUGACAUCAGUCAAUGCAUCGCGAAUAUGUUUUCACAAAAAUAAUGAUCGUAGUUACAAAGGAAGAGAUCUUUUUCUUUCUUCUUAUUUUACAUAUCGCACUUGUAUCGUACAAUUUCAUACUUGUAAAAUUGUGAUAACUGAAGAGAAACUGCACCGCAGAACGAUUGCUUGAAUCUUUUGUAACAAAAGUGUAACAUUUCCUGUUGAACAUUCCUCUGUGUUACUCGUGUUUCGCAUAUGAAAUCGAAUCAUCUUCGUUCACAGCGCCUAUACUUCAUAAAUUCAUCUGUCAUGAAACAAAUGUCAGUAUGUACUAAUUUUCAAGCUGGAGCAUUUUUUCAUCCUUAAAGACUAUUUCAAGAAGAUUUCUUCUUUCUAACGUUCCUAUAUAUUCAUGGAAAUUCCACAAAAGAUAACAAGGCUUAUUUCCGAACAGUUGCCAAGUGUUUUAUAUUUUUUUAUGUUUCGCAUUUUCCUUUUUUUUCUCUUUGUCUUUUAUUUCUUAUACAUACUGGCUUUAUACGGUUUUACUUUUGUGCAGUGUUUUCUGGAUUAAUGUAAUGUUGUUUUGGUGUAGAGUGAACAAGACAGAGUUUCGUAUCAGGAAAACGUAGUGGGGAUGGAGCAAGGAUAAAAAUGUUACACUGAUCUAAGGAACAUUGUACAUUCGAGAAGUUCAGUUAGGGUUUCAAACAGAAUAAAAUAGCGUCCGCUUAAAAUUGGAAUAACCAGAGUUGAUACGUAUAUAAAUAUAUUUCUUCUCUACUCCUAAGAGUAAAAAUUGACAUACGUCGAUUUCUCAAACAGAAGUGCAUUGAAAAGUUCAUAAAACCUCACACAAUCAUAAAAAUUUAGGAUAUAGGAUACGCGAAUUUUCGUUAUUGAUCGAAAUUGAAAAUUCGUUAUUGCCACAUCCAUGAAUAUAUCAAUACCAAAUCCCUGCCAUUCACAGAUCAACUCUGGCUGAAUAAACACUAUCUAUACUAACAUUUAGUGGAAAAGAGAGAUACUCGGGUUUUCCUAGAAAUAUACCUCCCUCGAUAACUGGCCAAAUAAAAUCCAACUCAUGACCAGUUAACGACACACGACUGUAUAUGUUGUUCGUGUGACAAACAAUGUUUACUAAUAACCAGACAAAUUGUUAUAUAAGUGCAUAAAAAAGAACUCGAAAUGUCCAAGUAGUUAGCAACAGUUUAAUUAGAGACACGAUAUCGGGCUGUCCAAAGUGGUGGAAUAUCCUACGAAAUUUCUUUCUUUUUUUCAGUGGCCUUAAAAGAAAUCUGAUUGUGCCUGAAGUUAAUGGGUUACAUCGAACUUCAUCCGAGUUUACUUUAGCCGGACGCCACCGAGGAAAUUUCAUCUGUCGAGUUUGAAUGCAUGAGCUAAAGGAUUAAUUCAAUUUUUCAUUCAUCAUGUGAAAUUUUCUCAAAUUAUCGGAAGCUUAAGAAAAGUAGGGAGAGAUCAUUUAUACGCAAAGUGUAUAAGGUGUUUUAUAGUAGAACUAACCAACGAUUACUCUUCGUAAAGUAAUUCUUUUAAAAAAAAAAGGAAGCAUAUUUGCUUCUUUGACUUUGUUCUCGGAGAGACAAUAGAUUCGUAACUAUUUCUGAAAAUUGGUGAUUUUUAUAUGUGUUCAUAAGUUUCAUCAGUGAUUCCGUGAUAAUAUUAUUUAUGGAGGUGUUGCUUUGUGCGAUAAGUCAAACGUUCCAUGCAAGUUGUUUCAAUUGUUUAAAAUCCGAAAAUUGUAUCUAUUGAAAAAGCUCAUUUAAGUGAAUAUAACAGACCGUAUAUUUUUUAAAAAUAUUAGACCCAAGGACCGUUUAUAAAUUCAUUUGUAAAUUAUUUGACACGUUACAAAUUAUAAGUGUGAUUUUUCAUCUACGCUGAAAAACAUUUAUACGAAGCAGGUUAUUUUUAUCAAGACUGUUGGUACAAUCUUUCAAACAAUAAUAUUAAACUAAUAUAAAGUGUGAAAUAGGGUUAAUGCUCCCUAUGUUCUCUAUGUACUUUCUGUUUCUUCCUCUCAUCGUCUUCCUUUUGUAUCUUUGCCAGAUCUGAAUUUCAACUGAAAGCUGAACCUUACCAACUGCUAUGUUACAAUUUGUUUUUCAAUUAUUUAUGAUUUUUUCAUCAAGUCAGUGAGCUUCAGAUCAGCUAUUUAGUUGGCAGUAUAUUUAAUCGAAUAUUUGUUGGCUCUUUAACUGAAUUAUAGUUAGACAUUUUUUAUAGAAUUGUACAGGUUAUGAUUAAUUGCGUGUGGAUUCUUGAAAAACCUAACCUCAUACUAAUUACAAAGAAAGGACGAUACCUGUCUUUAGGUGAUCAUUCUAGAGUUCCUACGUCCGUUCGAAUGACUUUUGUGCUUGCAAUGAGCAUUUGACACGUGCUCAAGUCCAAGAUGUUGUAUUAUUCUUUGUAACAGCGUUGCAUGAUUUGACAAGUAAAAAUUUAGGUAUUUUUUUAGUAGUGUUUUGAGGAAAUGUGUUACAGAUAAUUGUAUGUCUUUUUUUGUAUUUAUUAAAAAAUACAAAAAUUAUAUAUGUCCCUACGUAGUUUUAGGUCAAUCGUAUGAAUAUUUUCUACGUUGCAUUUAAGAGAUACCAUUAUUUUUACAUAGUCUAACUAUUUUUAAUAAUUUUCUUGAAAAACAUUCUUCGAAAUAAAUCGGUCGAAACCUAACAACCCCGUAAAUUGUACAUCACGUGUCUACUUAGAAUUUUUUAUAAUAUUUACACAUACGUUUGCAAUAACGAUUAUUCAGUCUUUUUUUUUUACAAUUUCGAGUAAUUACGAAAUGUUUUGUUAUUUAUUUUAAAUCACGCGUCACUAUCAUAUAAGGUACAUCACGGAUAUCAAGCUACUUUUAUAUAUAAGAAAUACAAAUUCAAUUUUUAACCAGCCACUUUCUAUGCUUCUAUGUCACUUGAUAUGUAUUCCUGCUCUUUUUUUCUUUUUCAAAGUGUUUCGUGAGUCAGUAUUUUAUAACUCAUUCAAUAUACACAUUUUGACUUGAUUUUCUGUAAUUCGUACUUAAAACAUAUACAAAUUAAGACACGCGUUAGAAGUUUCUGAAUUUAUCUUCAAGUAAUUCCACGCUCCUUUGUCUAAUCUAUGUUUUCGUUGCAGAAAAUGAAGCGAUACUUUUCUCGUGAAACUAAAUAUUCGAAAGCUCAAUGGUUUAUCUUAAGGUAUUUCGCUCGCAGGUCCUUGCCAUUUUACAAACAUUUUCAUUGUUCCUAUAUAAGAUUACAGAAUUCAAAAUACCUGUAUUAAUAAAAUUGACAAUUUUUUCAAAAGUAAUUCGUUAAUAGGUCAUAAUGAAACGUAUAAAAUAAAAUCGAUAAAACGAUCAACUUAUAAAGGUAUUAACAAUAAGGAAAGCGAGUACGAUGAAAACGAAAGGAAACAAAGAUAACGUAAAAGAUGUUACAUACAGCAAUUUCGAACGGACGAAGAUCGAUUAGCACAAAGCAACAGAGACAAAGAGAAUAAACGCGAAAACGAAUACUAGAAAGAAAAAUAUGGUGCCAGGAACUAAGCUGUAGACGAACGAAGGGAACUUCAUAAUUAAAUAGUGAAUAUCUUAUGUACAUAGAACGUGUCCGUAGUCUAUUUUGCCAUUUCGUAUACAACGGCGUAGGAUUAAACUAAAACUAGUUUCUAAGCGAGUGAUUCAACUUAAACUAAAAAAGAGCGUAUCGCUAUAAUAAAAAAAAAAGAUAUGACUGUAGGCUUAAUCGAAUUUAGGUUAGGAGUAACGAUAACUGUCCCUAGAAUUCGAUCGUCGUUCUUUUUCAACUUCAUUCUCCUUUGUCGUAAUUGGUUUUUCAAUUAAUCUUGUGCAUGUAUAUAUAUAUAUACACAUGUUUUUUGUUAUUUUUGUGUUAUUGUUUAGCUGUUUUAAAGUUUAAGCACGAUCGUGAAGUAAAGAAGAGAUUAUAUGUAUGCAUUUGCACGAUGACUGGACGUAAUCUGUUAUGACGUUUUUGCGAAAUUUGGGAAUUUAUCUUUCUUUAUCUUUGAAGUGAUCACGUUUCAGUGGCUAUAACAUAUGAAGGAUACUUUUCUAUUAACACUUCACUUUUACCAGCUAAUAGUAUAUAUGCAUAAUAAAGAGUGAUUUUAUUUAAUCUUUCAGAGUCUAUUUUAUGAACUCUUCAUUAUUUAAAUUUUGUUUGUUUCUGAAAAAGUAAUCGGCUAUAUCGAUUCUAUUAGUAAAAAAAACCACAUCGACUGUUUUCUGUUAUAAAUACAAAAUUUAGGUCCGGAUCAUUAUCAGAGGAUCUAACUUAGCUUCAUUGAAACUUUAUCUGCGAUUUAUUUCUAAGAAGUUGAAUACAACGAAACUGAGUGAAUUCUACCGUUAACGAAAAUAAGUCAGUACAACAAGUUGAAAGGUAUAUCAAUUUUUCCAAUGAGUAUCUGGAAGAAAGCUGUUUCUUUGAACGAACGACGAUCUUGUAGAAUACUGUAAAUAAUUUUUACCAGAAGUCCUUGGAGUCACGUCAGUAGACGGAUGUCCUGUUGUAAACGGCUGAAGAAAAUGCACUACAUUGCAAAUUCUUGUAUUGUUACUUAUAUGCGUACAUAUAUAUUCUAUAUAUAUAUAUGUAAAUUACACAGUUAUACACAGGAUACAUAAUUUAGAAAAGAUAAGGACAAGUGAGGGUUGAAAAGAAGGAAAACUGCUUUCUCAAACGUAUCUUUUUCAUGGGAAAAUUAAUUCUUGCUUUGUUUCACUUUUUUUCCUUUUCUUCUUGUAUCUUGAUCUCUUAAUUAAUUCUUGUAUUUAUGUAUGUAUGUAUAGUAUAUUUAUACUCAUCUUUUCUUUUAAGUCCGUUUUGUUUGUUUAGCUGUAAUGGAUUGAAGAAAAAAGUUAUUAAAACAAAAAAAAGAUUGUGUUAGUAUAUGAUAUUUACGUAUAACGAUAUAUUUAGGAUUAGAAGACUAAAAUUUCUUUUCCUCGGAUUUUUCUCUAGGAUCGAUCGUGAAAAUUAAUCUUUGGUAUAUUGACGACGUUUGCAGUUAUUGUAACUGGUUUUUGGAACGAUCCAACGAAGUUUCAUGAAACGUUUCGGGAAAAAAUUCCGUUCUGAAUUUUAAACUAGCGAAAGAUCGAUUUUUUUCGAUUAAAUUUUCUUUCUGUUGUUUCAUCUUUCAAGUGGAUAAAACCACUUGAAAAUUUUUUCGAACGGAAUACGUUUCUUUAAAUGUAAUUUAUAUCCAAAAUUCAAUUUGUGAUUUUGAUCGAUUCUAAUUUUGUAUAUUGUAAUUAAUUCGGCGAUCAUUUUCGCUCAAUAACUGUUGCAAUUUGUCUUAAAAUUCUUUGGGACGAUAUGAAAACGAUAAGAAGGAGAACACUGACGAUUGACAAAUCAUUAAUUGUGCGAUGAUCGAUAUAUCAUUCGAGAGAGGAUUGAUUAUUCAAUAAACUGUAAAUGAAUUUUAAUUAUUUAUAAUCGAUAAAUCAUUCACUAGAAUAUCGAUCGUGCGAUAAUCGAUAAACCAUUUCCUAGAGAAUUUGCUACGCAAUAACCUAUGGAUCAUUUCGUAAGGAAUUAAUGGAAAUUAAAGUACGAAGCAAAGUGACUUAAGAAUCAUACAUUCAGAAUAUCUAAAAUAAAUAUGAGUGUAAUGAAUUGGGAAAAGGAGUAUGUCAGCAUUUUAAUCCUCGUGUCACUAACCUUAAUUAUCAAUCGAUUAUUAUUACGCCAUAAGCUUCCGAUCAACGACUAUCUCUUUAAAAUGAGCGGAAAAAACUAGGUAAAACAUUUUAACAAUUUUUACACUACCAUACAUGAUUAGAUGACACGAAAAAUAGAUAUAAAGUAACAAUAAUUAGAAUCGACUGAAAGCAAUAGAGGAAAAUAAUACCCUAGAUUAAAAGAAUACACUGAUCAAGAAUUUUAUUCGAAUUUUGUAAGAAACAUGCAUAGAAACGAACUGAUAGAUUCCUUCGAAGACUAUAACUAUGGUAACCUACUAUUAUACUCUAAAUAAAAGGGGGAAAGUGAAUUAUUAAAAGAAGAAAAAAAACAAAAUAUUUAAUUUGAGAAAGGUCGACGGUAUUUACUCGUAACGAUGAGUUAACUUGGAGAACGUGCAAAAAUGUGAGAAAUUAGAAAACUUAUAAAAUAGAAUCAUAAAUCGAUUGAAAAUAUCGAUUGUGCUCUCCGUUUGGCGGCCUCGUGAAAAUAACCGAUUUAUUUUUUCAGAUUUAUUAACCAUACUGAUGCAUACAUAUGGCGUAGAUUACGUUUUCUUACAAUCCGAGCUAUGACGAUGAUUUUGCAUAACAUUACCAAUUUCAGAUCCCAUUAAAACGAAAACUGUUGAUCAUGUAAAUACGAUAUACAUUCAUAGCGUACGAAUAUUAUUAUUAUUAUAAAAAAUAGAAGAAACGAGACGAACACGUGUGCGUUUACGUAAUAUGUGUAUGAUAGAAGAUCGUAUGCGUGUGAACGAAUGAGAGGAAGAUAGAGAAAGUAAAAUGAAAAAAAAAUAUAGACAUAUUAUAUAUAUAUACAAAUAUAUAAUUUACAUAUUGUAGUUGUAAUACGCCUAGAGAUAUUUAAGUAAGGGUGUUAUACGUGAUGAAACGAGCUGUCGUGUGAACGAUUUGUGAAUCUUGUAUGCGUAGAAAGAUUGUAACGUUUAUGAGUGCAGUAAAUAAUAAUAAUAACAAUAAUAAUAAAAAAAGGAAAAAAACCGAA